CCGCCCGGGCGCGUUCGGUGGUGCAGAACACGGCGGUCGCUCUCCUUCGGCCGCCCUGUUCCUGCCGUGCCGGGGAUAGCUACGCUGGGAACGAGCUGUCCUGAGCCAGGGAUGGGGGAAUUCUAUUGAGUCUCUCGAUGUCCACGAUCUACAGCUGUGCUGUCACCAAGUUAACUCGUUCUGAUUUCAAUCUGCGGCGGCCCCGAGGCGAGGAGGGGCGCCAAACCAAUCCCGGUUAUCUGUAAAACAGACCCAUGACGAGUCUUGGAGUUUGUGCAGUGUCUGACCCCAGUGCUUGGGGGCUGUGUGGAGAUCCCUGCCUGGAGUGGUGUCACCCCUUGAGGAUGAGCCACAAAGAUUCAUUUGUUAGACUGGCCUCUGCAGGUCUGGCAUGUGGAAAGCCCAGAAGUACUGAAGUAUCCCGCUCAAGCAGCUGAAUGUUAUCAACCUCUCCAAAGCCUGAUUUGCCUUUGAUAUAGACUUAAUUGUUUGCGUCAUCUACCAGGCUGGGAGAGGGCUAUAAAAGGGACUGCAACCAUUGUCUGAGGCAGAAGAGAUACACCAGGAAUAGCUCCUUCUCCCAGUGUUUCUCACUCAGCACUAGUGACAGCCUGUGCAUCAUGCAGCUGGUGGCCAGCCUGGUGUCUGUGCUGCUUUUGGUGUGGAGCGUGAGAGCCACGGCACUGCCCGGGGAAGAGAGACUGCAGAGCACCAGGGAACAGAGUACCCUCCGCAAGGAUGUCAUCCUGAAGAUGCUGGCAGGCCUGCUGGAUGGCACAGAUAUGGGGCGUGAGGCAGCCUUCCCGGGUAUGGAGGAGGAGGGCAAGCUGGAGGAGGAGCAGGCACUGCUGGGGCGGCUUGCCCAGCUCUCACAGCGGGACCGCAAGGCGCCCUGCAAGAACUUCUUCUGGAAAACCUUCACCUCCUGCUAGUGCUGCCCAGCCUGGCCUUGCCAGCCUGCAAACACCUUCCCCACAGCUCAUCUUCCUUGUCCACCUAGCUCCCUUUCCGUGCCCUGCACCCCUCAGAAUAAAGCAUAUCACCUCUCGGG